AUGUGUGAACAAUCGCUUAUAGAGUAUUGUACGAAUCGAAAACAACAAUAUUCAUCAAGUACAAAAAUGCCAUAUCUAUCACCUAUCAAUCUACUUUCAAUUACAUUAUGGUAUUUAAAACACUACCAUUCCGAGCGUUAUAUAGCAACAGAAUUUGAUUUCACUCAAUCAACAGUUAGCUAUUUUCUAUCUGCGGUGAUAGAUAUCCUAUACUCCUGUGUAUAUCCAAAACUGAUUGUAUUACCUGAUGAUAUGGAUGAUGAAGAUGCUGUGCAUGGAUCCGAACAACAUCACAAGCUAAUAGUCGAUUCGACUUUUAUUCCAAUUUAUCAACCAGAAGAUUCUGAAGAGCGUAAAGCUUAUUAUCAUGCAAAAAGUCCGACUAAUUAUGCAUUUAAAUUACAAAUAGCUUGUGACUUUCAUCAUCGCAUAGUACAUGUCUCAGAAUGUUAUAGGGGCAGUGUACAUGAUAUUACUAUUUUAAGAGAAUCAGGCCUAUUAGAUUGUACACAAGAAAAUGUACAAAUUAUUGCUGACAAAGGUUACAUUGGUGAACAAUAUGUAAUCACUCCAAGGAAAAAACCUCGUGGCCAUGAAUUAACAACCGAAGAUAAAGAUUUCAAUCGAAUUAUUUUUGGCGAAAGAGCAGCCAUUGAAAAUAUUAAUCAACGUGUUAAACAAUAUGCUAUUUUAGGACAUGUUUAUAGAGGAUCUUAUGAUGAUCUACGUAAGAUUACUAAAAUUGCACAUGUUGUCUGUGCUUUAUGUAAUCUCAACUUAGACAAACAUCCUAUUCGUAGUUAUAGAUGA